AUGUUACCCCCGGGAAGUAGAACAUCCAAAAUCAAACCUCCAAGAAAAUCAAUCACGAAUUCAUCUUUAACAAAUACGCAGGCGUUUGACUUUAACAAAUCUUGGGAUGUUCUUUCAAGUGCUAUAGUCCAAAUCCAAAACAAAAAUGUUUCCAAUUUGUCAUAUGAGCAGUUAUAUCGUAAGGCUUAUACACUAGUCUUACACAAAUUCGGGAAUAGACUCUAUGAGAAUGUUGAAGAAUUAAUCGAAACUCAUCUAUUGAGACGAAGAACCAAGCUAUUGUCAAUAUUUAGUCAGUCCUCUUCUGCGUCUUUUGUGAAUGUUGACGAGGAAUUCAUUAAGAACGUUUUAUCUGAGUGGAACGAGCAUUUACAGGCGAUGAAAUUCAUAAGCGACGUGUUGAUGUACCUCAAUAGAGUCUAUAUCAAAGAGCAGAACCGAUUGUUGAUAUAUGACUUGGGUAUAAAGCUUUACAAGGACUGCAUAAUCAAGUACAAUGAUAAUGAGGUUGGCACUAGAAUCAUCAAUAUUCUAAUCAAUGAAAUCCAGAAAAAUAGAAAUGGUGAAAUCAUAUCUACUAAGAUGUAUAUUACCAAUAUCAUUGGCAUGUUCGAGCUCCUUCAUGAAGACAAUACCCAAAACGAUUUGAGUGUUUUCGAAAAUUACUACCAAAAGUACUUUGAACCAGUUUUCUUGUCAACCUCCAAUGACUAUUUCAACAACUUGAUAGAGAAGUUCUUAAACUAUGGAAGCGGCUUGAAGUACUUGAUAGAAACAAAUCAAUUUCUUAGUGAUGAAAUAGAUCGUAUUGAUCUAUACUUACCUGAAUCGACUGUUCCCAAACUUAUUGAUUUGAUGAACAACACAUUGAUCAAAUCUCAGUUGGACAAUAUAAUAAAUUUUCCCAGUGACAGCUUACAAUCAUGGAUACAACCUAUAAAAGAUAACAUCAUUUUGGGGGAACCAACUGACUCUGGAAUUCCCAUCGACAAUGACCUGCUCAAUUAUCUAAAGAUCUUGUACAGCUUUAACAGCAGAAUAGACAGCAGCUGUGAGUUAUUAAAAGUGAGAUUGAAAGAUAUCAUCAUCAAAGAAGGAAAACAAUUUCCUUCAUUGAUCAAAAACUUAUUGAACUCAGGUGAACUUGGUGAACGUAAAAAGCCGAUAAGCCCCAACUCACCUGCGUUCGCCAAUAAAUGGAUAGGCUCAAUUUUGCUAUAUAAAGCUCAGUUUUCUAAAAUUGUCAAGGAUGCAUUUGAUCAUGACUAUUCAAUGGAACAAUGUAUCAUUUCUGCUAUUCAGGAAUUUAUUAACUUGAAUGCUAAAAGCAAGAAGAAUAAUAAUGAUUUCAGUUUAUUAAUCGUUAACCCGUCUGAGUUGUUGUCUGUGUGUAUGGAUAACCAUAUCAAGCAGUACCUCAAACCUAAUUCAAUCGCUGGCUCCAGAGACAAGGGUAUCACAUCCAAUGAUGCCUCUUUCAGCUCCAUUGAUGAAUUCAUCAACAAGUCCUUACAAUUUUUGAGGUUCAUUGUUGAUAAGGAUACUUUUGAAGCAUACUACAAGAAUCACUUUGCGAAAAGGUUUUUGAAUGCUAAGGGAUUCAAUCAAGAUGGAAGCACUGGUAUUGAUAUAGAAGAUUUUGUUAUUUCCAAAUUAAGCGAAGAGUUGGGAACGACCUCGCUAGAUACUAUCAUCAAAAUGAACAUGGACAUAAAACUGUCAAGAGGUGUCACUUCGGAGUGGAAAAACUUUUUGGUUGAAAAUAAGGAUAAGUCCAUAAUAGACAUGGAUUUAAAAAUUUGCAAUAUUUCAUACUGGCCAAAUUCAAUGACAAAAGACUAUAAAAAGUUAUCUGGAAAACAAAUGAAUCCCGAUUCUAGUACAACUUUCAUUUGGCCCCGUCGUAUCAAGCACACAAUUCAAAGAUUUGAACUGUUCUGGACUAUUGAUAAAAAAAAUAGCAACAAAUCUCUCUAUUGGUGCCCGAAGUUUGGAUCAAUGGACUUGAAAAUUACAUAUCCAAGUAAAACAUUCGAAAUUAACUUACCUACAUAUGCAGGGGUGGUUCUCUUGCUAUUUGGGCCCAGUUAUUCUUUGGAUUCAGAUUCAGAAGUAAACUCAGAGGACUUCAAUCCUUUUAAGGACAAAAAGAAGUUGACCUACAAAGAGAUAGAAGAGUUGACUGGGAUACCUGAAGUAGAAUUAAAACGUCAUCUUCAAUCUAUUGCAGUUGCAUCUAGACUGAGGUUAUUGACCAAGACUCCCAUGUCCAAGGAUGUGAAUGACAACGACAUUUUUGAAUUGAAUGAAAAAUUCAAGUCGCCUUCCACCAAAGUCAAAGUCUUAACGGUAUCAGCUUCUUCUUCCACGAAUACUGCGGGAGGAGAUGGAAGAUUGAGGAAAAGUAGAGAUGAGGAGCUAGAAGAUAUUGAGCUGUCUAUUGCUGAGGGUCGUAAGCAUGAAAUUAAUGCUGCUACGGUUAGAAUUUUGAAGUCCAGACAGUCAAUUUAUCACAAUGAGCUUGUUACGGAAAUUAUCAGACAAUUACAGGGCAGAUUUUUACCCAAUAAUAGUCAAAUUAAAAGGCAUCUUGAAGACCUUAUUGAGAAAGAGUAUCUCAAGAGAGAUGACAAUAAUAGAAACUUAUACCAUUACAUAGCAUAA